UCCUUUCUCCCAUCCAAAAACCCAAUAAAAUCCACCCCAUCUAAAAGAAAAAAAAAGGGUUUAAAAUUAUCAUGGGGAGGUCUCCCUGUUGUGAGAAAGCCCAUACGAAUAAGGGGGCAUGGACGAAGGAGGAAGACGACCGUCUCGUCGCCCACAUCCAGGCACGGGCGAGGGAUGCUGGCGUCCCUACCGAAGGCCGCCGGCCUCCUCCGCUGCGGCAGAGCUGGCGCCUCCGGUGGAUCAACUACCUCCGGCCUGACCUCAAGCGCGGGAAUUUCACGCAGGAUGAAGACGACCUCAUCAUCAAACUCCACAGCCUCCUCGGCAACAAAUGGUCACUUAUAGCGGGUAGAUUACCCGGCAGGACGGAUAACGAGAUCAAGAACUACUGGAACACGCACAUCCGCAGAAAGCUUCUAAGCCGGGGAGUGGACCCGGCAACCCAUCGCCCCGUAACGGAUCGGGUUUCGUCCAACACGACUACCAUCUCUUUUGACAAGAAAGGGGAGGAGAAGAGUAGCAGCAGCGAGGAGUCCCCCUCGUCUUGGUACCGGGUUCCGGAUCUUAAUCUGGAGCUCCGAAUAAGCCCGCCCGUCCAGUCCCAAUUGGAACCCGUCAAGAGCGAGGCUGGUGGUCACAGCUUUUUCGGACUUAGGACUGGUGUCUUAGACUAUAGAAAAGGAGAAUAAUGAAAACUGUUAUUAAACUUUCGGUUCUCAUUUUGUGAUAUAACUUGUUGAUAAUAGCUAUUGAUUAAUUAUUCGGGGCGCAAAUUAUCGUGUAACUGAUUCUCUCUUUUGUUAUGUGACGACGAUAAUAGGACGUGUGAAAAAGCAAUAUCCGUGUUCAUAUAA